CAUAGAUGAAUUUAUUUUACCAAUUUAGUACUUUGGUAGUACCAAGCCUAGCAAUAGCAGAAGGUAAAGAGGAGGUUAAUUGGGUCUUUCUGUUAAAUUUAAAUUUUUCUAACAAUGUGUCCAUGUGGUUAGUAAAACACGUUUAGAACAAAAUGAUUACAUUUAACACCGAUAAUACUUCGUGUUUACUUUUCAAAAUCACAAUUUUAAAUUUGAAAACUGUUGUGACGUUAUAAUAAAUAAAUUUUUAUGAUUAACACGUCCCGGCAUGAAAUGAUGGAUGUUACAGACGACAAGCCGACCGGCAAUGAGGACGAGGACGAGUCAAAGUUCUACAAAAAGGCUCAAGACUACUGGAAGAAGAUACCGGCGACUAUCGACGGAGUCCUCGGUGGAUACGGUCACAUAUCCUACACAGAUAUCAGGGGUUCGGAGAAAUUUCUUAGAAGUAUCUUUCAGUUAGACGAUGCUCCAAAAACGAAAAGGGCCUUAGACUGUGGAGCAGGCAUCGGUAGAAUAACUAAAGAAUUGUUGAUAAACUUUUUUGAAAAAGUCGAUUUGGUUGAGCAGAACGAAGAUUUCGUAAAAAAAGCGCCAGAUAUUAUUGGAAAAACAGACCGCCUUGGAUCAUUGGUUACAGAAUUUUGAACCUGAACACAAGUACGACGUGAUCUGGAGCCAAUGGGUAUUAGGCCAUUUGACUGAUGGUGACUUCAUAAAAUUUUUCAUCACAUGCAGGAAUGCAUUGGCCGAAAAUGGUGUCAUAAUCAUAAAGGAAAAUGUGACUUCCACUCCUGAGAUCCAGUUGGACGAGGAGGAUUCAUCUGUGACAAGGCCACUCAAUAUGCUGCUUGAGCUGCUGGCGAGGGCCGGUUUGAAACCAAUUCAGACACAAACUCAGACAGGUUUCCCUAAACAAUUAUUCCCAGUUAAAAUGAUUGCUUUAAAACCAAUUGACAAAAAAGAAUCGUGACAUUUUCAUUCAAUUUGUAGAUUUGAUAUAAUAAAUUUUCAUUUUGCUAAUUUUUGUCUAUUUUUUGGUGAAAAAUGUUAUUUCAUUUUUACAAAACUAAGUUAAUCGAUUCAUUCUUGUUUUAGUACACAAAAUCAUAUGUAUCACUAUACUUUUGUUUGGCUAUUUUUAAAACUUGAAAUUUAUUUUAUAAAUAACCACUUAUUGAUACCCAUAUGUAACCAAAUUGUGGUUGAUUGUAAACAUUGUACUCCAAAACAAUGGGCACCCACAGUUUUUAUGAGCAAGCAAAAAAAUACUGGAAGAUGGUGGCACCGACAAUAGAUGGCGUCCUUGGGGGGUUCGGUUACGUUUCAGAUGUUGAUAUCAAAGGCUCCCAAAACUUCCUGGACAUGAUUUUUGGGCAAAAAAAUCCUCCGAAGAAAGGCAGAGCACUUGACUGUGGAGCCGGAAUUGGCCGUGUUACAAAAGAGAUAUUGAUCAAACUUUUCAACAAAGUUGAUCUAAUUGAUCAGAAUGAAAAUUUUAUAAUAAAGGCCCGUGAAAACCUUGGUGGUUCUGAUGAACUCGGGCUUCUUUAUAUUGGUGGUUUACAAAAUUUCAAAAUGGAAUUCAAAUAUGACUUGAUCUGGUGUCAGUGGGUCUUGGCUCAUUUAACAGACAAGGAUUUGAUUUGCUUUUUAAAAAAUUGCAAAAACUCUUUGAACAAAAAUGGUGUUAUUGUCAUUAAAGAGAAUGUUUCUCCAAAACACACAGAAUUGGACCAAACUGAUUCUUCCAUAACAAGACCUCUGGUUAAGUUCCUUUCAUUAUUCAAAAAAGCUGGUCUGGAACCUUUCAGUUUGGAAACUCAAACUGGAUUCCCAGAAAAGGUCUACACUGUUAAAUUAAUCGCACUCAGGCCUAAAUAACACAAUUGAUUUGUACAGUUUAAUAAAGAAAAUGAUUGUCCUUA